GACAUUUGCCUCUGGUCGGCCGAUUUGGGGUUAGUUUUACGCAAUUGACUUUUACACGGGUUAUUAGCGGCGUGAAAUACUUUUCUUAUUUUAUUGCAAUAUCAAAGAAAAACCUUGUUUAGUACUUUGAAGUAUAAUCAGCUAAGCAAUGUCUGCUUUUGUUGCCGUACGUCAAUCCACUGCCUUGAGUUUUGCACUCGCUACUGUGGGUCGUUCUAAUGCCACCCGCCGAGCUUUGAGCACUGGACGUUUCAUACGUUGCACGAGAGGAUCAGCAGUAGCACUUUUGCAUUGCCCACAACGUUUACCUUCGCUUGGUGCUGCCAGUCCAACUUUCCAACACUACGUACGUACAUAUGCCAACGAGAAAAGAGUAUUCGAACGUACCAAACCACAUUGUAAUGUCGGUACAAUUGGCCAUGUUGAUCACGGAAAAACUACCUUGACCGCGGCAAUCACCACAGUAUUGGCAGAUAAAGAAUUGGCUGAAAGCAAAAAAUACAAUGAAAUUGAUAAUGCACCAGAGGAAAAGGCACGCGGUAUAACUAUUAAUGUGGCGCAUGUUGAAUAUCAGACAGAGUCGCGGCAUUACGGUCACACCGAUUGUCCCGGACAUGCUGAUUACAUUAAAAAUAUGAUUACUGGUACAGCACAGAUGGAUGGUGCUAUACUUGUAGUUGCUGCCACUGAUGGUGCUAUGCCACAGACUCGUGAGCAUUUAUUAUUGGCUAAGCAAAUCGGCAUCAACCAUAUUGUAGUAUUUAUCAAUAAAGUUGAUGCUGCCGAUCAAGAAAUGGUAGAUUUGGUCGAAAUGGAAAUUCGUGAACUAAUGACUGAGAUGGGUUAUGAUGGUGAUAAUGUGCCAGUUGUAAAAGGUUCAGCAUUGUGUGCUUUAGAAGGACGCAAUCCGGAAAUUGGCGCUGAAGCCAUUAUGCAGUUGUUAAAAGAAGUUGACAACUUUAUUCCAACGCCAGCUCGUGAAUUGGAUAAACCUUUCUUGUUGCCAGUUGAAAACGUUUAUUCGAUACCCGGUCGUGGUACAGUCGUUACCGGACGUCUGGAACGUGGUGUAGUUAAAAAAGGCAAUGACUGUGAAUUUGUUGGUUACAACAAAGUUAUUAAAUCGACAGUAACUGGAGUAGAAAUGUUCCAUCAAAUACUUGAUGAAGCACAGGCUGGUGAUCAAUUGGGCGCGCUGGUACGUGGUGUAAAGCGUGACGAUAUCAAGCGCGGUAUGGUUAUGUGCAAGCCGGGUUCAGUUAAAGCGCUAGAUCAACUAGAAGCUCAAGUGUAUAUUUUAGCAAAAGAAGAAGGUGGUCGUCACAAACCAUUCAUGUCCUUCAUUCAAUUACAAAUGUUUUCGCGUACAUGGGAUUGUGCCGUGCAAGUGCAGAUACCCGAUAAAGAGAUGGUGAUGCCUGGUGAGGACACUAAAUUGAUUUUACGUCUGAUUCGUCCCAUGGUUUUGGAACAAGGACAGCGCUUCACUCUGCGUGAUGGAAAUUUAACGCUCGGCACUGGUGUUGUAACAAAAGUACUGCCGCCACUUAGUGAAAAUGAACGUUUGUCAUUGACGGAGGGCAAGAAGGCGCGUGAGAAGAAGGAGGCUGGCAAGAAAUAAACUUUUUUAAAUGAAAAUGUUUUCUAAUUAUAUUUAGUUUUACAUAUGAUUACUAUAACUGAAAGAGAAACGAAUUGAUAUACAGAAAGUUGUAACUUUUCAUCUUUUAAUAAAAUAUGAAAGUAUAAGCAUUAUAAUUCCAUGCAUCCAGUUGAUUGUUGAAUAAAAAUCGGAAUAAAUUAAGAA